GGCGUUGCCAGGUAACGGCCAGCGCGUGGGGCCGGAGCAGAGGAGGUACUCUUGGACCAUGGCAGAAGCUGUUUUCCACGCCCCAAAGAGGAAGAGAAGAGUAUAUGAGAGUUACGAGUCUCCGCUGCCCAUCCCUUUUGGUCAGGACUGUAGUCCGAAGAAAGAAUUCAGAAUAUUCCGUGCCGAAAUCAUCAGCAACAAUGUCCUCGUGAGGAACGCAGAAGAUAUGGAGCAGCUGUAUGGGCAGGGUUAUUUUGGAAAAGGUAUCCUGUCCAGAAGUCGCCCAAACUUCACAAUCUCAGAUCCUCAGUUAGUUGCUAAGUGGAAAGAUGUGAAGACAGACUGGCCUAUAAUCACCGCUAAAAACCCGGGUGCACGCGUGGCAGAGGUCCCUUGCUGCCCAGGGGACGCGGUGCUGCCACGGGGUGGCGGCCAGCCUGAGCACGGGGCCGGUGGCCUCUGCGCCCCUGAGAGGCCUGGCGAGGAGCGCGUGCCGCUGGAGGAAGCCGGGAGAGACGCGAGCUCGGGGCCGGACGCCCCGCGGGAAGAGUUGGUGCAAAAGAGACUAGUCUGCAGAAGAAAUCCACACGGGAUCUUUGAGUAUUUGCAGCUCAGCCUGGAAGAGGCCUUCUUCCUGGUGUAUGCCCUGGGGUGUCUGAGUAUUUACUGUGAGAAGGAACCUCUAACGAUUGUGAACCUCUGGAAUGUUUUCACCACGAUCCAGCCAACGUUCAGGACAACGUACAUGGCAUACCACUACUUCCGCAGUAAGGGCUGGGUGCCCAAAGUGGGCCUUAAGUACGGCACCGAUCUACGUAAGUCCCUCUUGGCUCGGCCUGAGCUCCCUUCCUGCCUUUGCAGUUACUCCGUCAUUAUCGAGAUGGUCGACGAGCGCUUCGAAGGCUCCCUGCGCCGACCUUUCAGCUGGAAGUCGCUGGCUGCUCUGAGCAGAGUCUCGGUUAACGUCUCCAAGGAACUUAUGCUGUGCUAUUUGAUCAAGCCCUCCGCCAUGACCGACAAAGACAUGGAGUCCCCAGAAUGUAUGACGCGCAUCCGAGUGCAGGAGGUGAUUCUGAGCCGCUGGGUUUCUUCCCGAGAGAGGAGUGAGCAGGACGAACUUUAACCAUCCACAGCAGAUUUCCAAGGCCCCAGCAGGACUUUCUGAGCCUCCUAUGGUAAAGCAAGUUCUGGGAGACGCGAGACGCCCUCUGAUUGCCAUCAGCCAUUAGAUUAAAAGCACUGAAUAGUGUGGUGCUCACAGAACCUGCCGACGGUUCACGUUUAGAAGACAGAAGAACAUGAGGUCCUCUCCCCGCCCAGCCACCUGCCCCUGCCCAGCCCUCACCCCCAGGCCCGGUGUGUCCUGUCUCUCCAGGGAGGAGGUGGGGACAUGAGAGACCCAGCCCGCCAGGGACAAGCUGUCAGGCCUGAUGUGGGUGCAGUGAGCAGGCCUGAAUCUGCCCUCCCUGGAGCAGCUCCUGCUCAGGCCCCUCUUGUGGCCCGUGGCUCGUGGCCUGUGGCUCAUGGCCCGUGGUCCAUGGCCUAUCUGUUCUUGGAAGGGGCGGAGAGCGGAGUUUGGGGUUGCAGGCCCCUCAUCCCAGUAAUAUGUCUUGGCUCAUCCCAGAACUUCAGCCACUGAUUCAACACUUAGAAAUCCGCUUACUGUCCUCCAGAAAGCACGUGAACGCAGCGACCUGGCUGGGCCAGGAGGCUCACUGCUGGGCUGCGUGGCACAGGACUGGACUGCCCUUUGCUUCCGUGGACAUGUCACAGAGCGAAAAUCUGCGGGGGAAGAGCACACGACAUCUCAUGAGAGCAGCUGACGUUUGCUACGACUCUGCAAGGCUCUGGUUGUGCUGUGUAAUCUCAGCAGCCCAUGGGCUCUCGGAGGGGUGCUGGGUGGAGGGCGGGGUGCCCAAGCCUCCCGGGGUGGGCACCAGACCCAGGUUUGCGUCCAGCUCACCCACUCAUCGACAGUCCUAGCCUCGGUUUCCUUGUAUAAUGAAGUUGACGGUAUCGACAGCCACAUACACUGGAGUAUAAUCAGCCACAAGAAGGGGUGCCAUGCCCACACGCUUCAUCAAGAUGGACCUCAAAAACAUGAUGACCCGGAUCUCUGUCACGCUGUGUGAUUCCAGCCCUCUCCCCGAAGAGGUAAAUUGGGAAACACAGAUGGGUGACGACCAGGGCCAGAGAGGAGCAGCUGCCAGGGGUACGGAGCUCCUUUUGGGGUGAUAACGUGCUUGGAGUAACCACAGGUGGUGGUCUCAUGACGCCGUGAAUACGCCAAACGCUACAGAAAUGUCCAUUUUAAAGUAAACGGUUUGUAUAAUGUGACUCUCA